GGGGGGAAUAAUCCUGCUGUGUAACUCUAGUGAAGAUGUGUUUCUGUAUGGAAGGUGCUGUGUAAGGCUGGAAGGAUUAUGAGUUGGUUGGGAUUUCUGUGUCAGUGUCCUAAGCCAUUUUAUAAACAGAACAGGCCAUAUGAUCUAAAUACCAUAGAACUGUUUCCCCUAACUACUGACCUGAAGAAGAGCUUGGUGUAAGCUCGAAAGCUUGUCUUUCUCACCAACGGAAGUUGGUCCAAUAAAAGAUAUUACCUCACCCCCUUGUCUCUCCUCUAACUACAAUCAGAUAUCAAAAUCAGGCUGGUCAGUGCCAUUUUCUGUUACAUCAGCUUAGAUGCACAAAUUUGAUUACCCACAAGAGCCUACUGAAACUUGUCAAGAAAGGGAGUUAAUUUAAAAGUAAAACUAUAGUACUGUAUUUACAAAGAGUAAGACUGUUUUGUUAUUAAUAGUCUAACCAAUAGUGGCCUCUAUGUUAACAAUAGGAGGUGUUUGGAAAAUGUUUCUCUUUUGCACAAAAUUAUGAUUGUUGUUGACAAACUGUAAAUCUGAAAAGUUUUUGGCCUAAAAACUGAAAAUUUUGCCUGAAACUUUUUUUUUCGGGGGGGGGAAGCAGUGAAAAGUCAGUUUUCCCUGGAAAGCAGCACAUACUUUUUUACCCUCAAAAAUCAUUUAGUCAAAAACUCAAUUUUCCAUGAAAAUAAUUGGAGAUGUGUAGGGGAUGGUGGAGUGAGUUCAAGGAGCUUAAAUAAAUGGCUAGCUGCUGUACUGGGGUGUGUACGUAAGUGCACUUGUAAAAAAACCAAACAAAACACAAAUAUUCCCCCUAUGUAAUAUAGCUAUUCUGGAAUGAUGGCAAUCACUCCGGUUGCAACUGAGUUUCCAUUAUAAUUUUGUUUGUACUUGGUAUUUGUAUGGCUUGCCUGCCUGGGCGUUGGCUUUGGGCUGUGUCGGGGAGUACACUAGCACUGCUCUGCCUUAGGAUACUUUCACUCUGUUUCCUUUCCUCUCCCCUCCCAUACCUUGCAUGGUCAGGCUAUUUGUCUUUUCUCACUCAGCUUGUAUUUUUAUGCAAUUACAAGUUCUCUUUUCUUUGAUUUCCUUUGUCUCAGAUCAAUACACCAAAGUCAGCAGGUAGUCAGUCAGGCCCUGAUUCAGCAUGAUACAUAAGCAUGUGCAUUUUUCUUCCAAUUAUAAAGAGGACUUGCUCCCAAGAAACCCGUAUGAGUGAGGCCCCACUCUGCAAUGGAAUCCUGGCCUACCCUGGCCUGGGUUCUGCUACUUAGCCUGAUCGCUGACUGUCUGAAAGCAGUUCAACCUCGAGACUUUACAGUGAAAGAUAUUAUCUACCUUCAUCCUUCAACCACACCAUAUCCUGGUGGAUUUAAAUGUUUCACCUGUGAAAAGGCAGCAGACAAUUAUGAAUGCAACCGAUGGGCUCCAGAUAUCUAUUGUCCAAAAGGGACAAGAUACUGUUACACUCAACACACAUUGGAAGCCAGUGGAGAAAGUAUAUCUGUCACUAAGCGCUGUGUGACACUGGAGGACUGUUUGUCUACUGGAUGCAUAGAUUCAAAACACGAAGGCCACAAGAUCUGCACUUCCUGCUGUGAAGGAAAUAUCUGCAACUUGCCAUUACCCAGAAACGCAACUGAUGCAAUAUUUGCAACGACAUCCCCUAUAAAUCAGACAAAAAGACUUUCCCAACAUAUAUCAAUAAUAACGUCAUGUCUCCUGUUGGUAUUUACUUCAUAGCGAUGUCAUAAGGUGCCAUUUGUAUAGUUGGAAAAGCUUAACUGGAUGAAAACCUUAGUAUCAAUGUAUGACCUUAUCUUAAUAUAUGUUCACAAUCUUAGUAUUUCAACAACAUUCCCAAAAUUUUUGAUUUCUUCUUGAUUUUUGUUUGUUAAUUUUGGUUAGUAUUGCACCUAAAUGUUCCUGAAGUAUAUUCUCCUGAAGGGGAGAAUAAUCCAAUUGUUUUCACUUAAUAUUUUGAGUAGAAACACAUUUGAAAUAUUUUCAAUGCUAGUGGGUCACCCAUAUACACGGGUACAUAGAAUAUUCUUGAAAUUUGUCUUCUCUCUGUGAAGUGGUAAUAUUUGUUAAAAAUAUAUUAUGCAGCUAUAGAAUCAUAUAAUUUGAUUAUUUGAAGCUCUCUCAUGAAGGAGUAUUUAUUUACUGAUUCCAACAGAAUAAUUUGAUUAUCAUAUCAAUCUUUGGCACCUUCCUGAUUUGUUUGGAAACCACACAGUAGCUAACCUCAGCUCUAUAUGCCUGCCCUGUCAUUUUUUUUGCACACCACAAAGUUCAAUGGAUCUGCUGCUUCUCUCUCAGUGAUGUAAAUCAGGAGUAACUCCAAUGAGUUGCUGUCAAUGGAGUUACACCAGUAUAAAAGUAACAUUAGAGGAGAACUGGGUCCAAUAGAAGAUUGUGAACAAGCUUCAGCUGUUCACAGAUGCCUUCUCUAAAGUAAUCCAUCAACAGUGAAGAUGGUUUUUUUUUCUUCAUGAGAACCCAGAGAGGAAAAAGAAACCUUCACAUCUGACUUUUAAAAUGUUUGGAUGUGGUGCUGAGCAUGGUGUUGUUACCUGUUGUAAAUACUCAUCCAUUCUGUAAAGAAUGACAUCACACCUCCAUUUUGUAAGUCAAGCCUGAGAUAUUUUAAAGACCUUAGUUUUUUAAGCUCUAUUGAUUGAAGCAUGGGCUAAAAUACAACCAACCAGUUUUAGUCUAAGAGAGGAAAAUGUAUAUUAAAAGCUAUUUAAAAGCCUCCUGUGGAAUAUGAUGGUGCAUGACAAGGCAGCACAGCAAAUAGUGCUUCACAAUUUUAUUUCUUUUUACAGCUAGGUGCCCAGUCCUUCAAGGUGCUUAACACUAGCUCUAAUUUAACAAAGCACUUAAGCGCAUGCUUACCUUUAAGCACAUAAGAAGUCCCAUUGAACUCACUGUGUUUUGGAACAACCACAUAGACAUAUUCUGGCUUGAGUCCAUGCAUGCAAGUCCCAGUGAUGUCACUGGGGUAUGGACUUUAAGAGUGAGAGUAAGAUAUAGCUUGACUAAAAUCAACUUUUAUGACUAUUUUUAACUACCAUUGUAGACCGUUUUUUCUUUUAUAACUUGGAACUAAAUUACUACUAAAUUAAGAACUGAUCCAGCAAUGUUCCCACUCUCCAAAUUCCUGUUCACUUCAGUGAGAAUUAUACAUACCAAACAACCGCAGGACUAUGCCUGAGGUUUUGCAUUUAAAAGUAUAUCUCAAAAUGUAUAAAACUGCUAUUUGAAUAGCCACAUGGCAAGAAACACACUGCAGUGCAUGAUUAUACUCUGACAAAGAAAGACUAAGAAAACGUCAUUUAUUUCUAAUGUUCACUCCCGGCAUAUAGGGUGAAACUUUUACUAGUCUUGGCUAUAUUUUUGCCACCAACUGUUGUGUAUGUCACUUGUAAAUCAUUUAUACAAUAUUUAUUUUUGUAUGGUAUGAUUAGAAUCUAAUGUAUUGUUGUUGUUUUUUUUAAAAAAACAUUCUUAAGAACAAUUUACCCUAAUAGGAUAGUUGGUUUAAGAUUGGGUAAAACUGUAAUAUAUACUAUGAUCAUUUAUAAUAUUUUGCACCAGUGUUGAAAAAAGAUUAACUUGCUUUACAAGGUCAGUAGUAAAUUAAAGUUUCCCUCACUGGUUUAACUUAAAACUAAACAAAAAAGUAGGUGGAACUUUGAUAGACUGUACAAUGUGUAACUAUACAUUUAAGUGUUUUUGAGCUAUUUUUGGUUAGCAAGAAUCAACUGAUAACUUGCACUUUAUCAAAUUACAAUACAGGUUUAUGCUCUGAGGCUUAUGUGAUGAAAUGUAUUAUAAAAAGGAAGGAAAUAUUGCUGGAAUCCAAGUGCUCUGUAAAAAAUCUUCGAUAAGAAAUUGCCUUCUGAAUGGCAUAAAAAUUAUCCACAAACACUAAUCCGGUAGAGUUUCUUCAAAAUAUCAAUAAUCUCUAGACACUGUUGAUGCCGGUAAGCAAUGCUCUUGUCUUAGUUGUAAUGGCCAAUGGCUUCUUUUGGGCUACACAGCUGUACUAUUUAGGAUUGUGUGAAAGAUUUUGUGAUGGGAAAAUUGCAAAACGACACAAUUCAUCUGAACCCUCCCACCCAUGCCCCACACAUUUUUGAGGGAUUGGAGAACUUUCACUUGUGUGAAAAUUCAGGUAUUUUUACACAUUUCAGUGUGAAAAUUGAGCUUUACCCCUUUUUUUUUUGAAGUUGAAUUUUACUUCCAAAUAAAACUGAGUGAAAGUUGGCCCAUUUUCAUUCACAAAUGGUCAUGUUCUUGGUCAAAAGCCAUUGAAUUUCGGUGUUUUCAUCCAGUUGCAUCAUGUUUAUGGCAUUGCAGUAAAAUAUGUGGAUCUCUAAUUUGAGUGACCAGCUCAACCAUCCCUGUUAUUAAUUACAAGGGUGGUUGCAAUCUGCUAGUUUUAUGCAAGGGAGGCCUGCCCUUUGGGCUCCUGGCGAGUUAAUGGUGUGGCCCUCAAUUGCACAAAGUUUGGUCCCCUCUUGAGUAGACUUUCUUAGGUUAUUAAAGCCCAAUCCUGUGAGCUGCUCUGCACCCUCAACUCCCAUUGGCAUUAGAGCUGCAUAGGUCAGCCACUGAGAUUGCAAGAGUAGUCUCUCUAUACGUAAGCCGUAUCUCUAUACGCCUCUACCCCGAUGUCCUCGGGAGCAAAAAAAUCUUACUGCGUUAUAGGUGAAACCGCGCUAUAUCGAACUUGCUUUGAUCCGAUGGAGUGCGCAGCCCUGCCCCCCCGUAGCGCUGCUUUACUACGUUAUAUCUGAAUUCAUGUUAUAUCAGGUCGCGUUAUAUCGGGGUAGAGGUGUAUUUAAUACUUUUCCUGUAGAAUUUACAUUUUCGAUUCUUGGUUAACUGGGUGAUAUUUUUAGGUUACUGCUGAAGCCUCACCAAACGUAACAUUUUGAUGAGCUAGAUGAGUCGAACCAUCUUGACUAUGCUGUGGCUAUCCUUUUUACUAGGGAGGGAUUAUAUUUUAUUAAUAGUAAUAGCAUUGAAAAAAAGGUUUUGUACCUACCGUUUGUACAGUUAAAUGACAUAUGGCUAAAUUCUGGGUGUGUCUGUGUAGAUGCACUCACAGGCAAGAAAGCCCUGGGAGCCACUAUGCAGACCUCAUAUCAAGGGAGUACUAGACUGAGACAUGGCUUGUGAACUCAGUAAUGCUCUCCAGCCGUAACAAGUACAAAGCUGUGUCAAGGCACAUACUCACCUUUCCAAAGCAACAGGUACAGCCACUGCUAAUCAUGUUCUCCAGCAGCAACCCAAGCUAUUCUGAUGGUUUCAUCAUUGCAUAGAUAGAAUGAUUCAGGCUUCUUCUACUUUGCAGCUCCAUCUCCUCUAACCUCAUCCCCAUCAGUGCAUUGCAGGUGUGCAAGGAUCCAGUCUUGUCCGUAAAAGGAGAAGUUGGAACGAAGUUGCUACCAGUUCUGUUCUAUAUAGAUACAUGGGGUUUGGUCAACAAAUAAGUUAAAGUUACUGGGAAUGUACAGUGUGGGAAAUAGCUGUAUUUAUAAUAGUUUAAAAAAAAAUUCUCUGAAAACAAUGUUUACGGAGAAUCUGUGCAUAAUUCUCCUCUUUGCCCCAAACUCUUAGUGCACCAGCCAGUCUGUGGAUGUAGUAUGAUAUUUUAAUAGCAUAUAAAUGUUGAGAUGCUACAUAUUUAUUUUUAGGUUCUGAACAAUAUAUCUUCUUUUUAAAUAUCUGAUUUUUAAAUGUUGUAAAUAUUGUACAUUGUGUAAAUAAAUGAGGUUUUAAAUAUAAAAGUUGACCUAUUUGUCUGAUAAUCAGUAUGUAUUUUAAAUUGUUUUGAUAAUUCCAGCUCUUCCACUAGGUUUUCUACCCCUCCUCCUCCUCUUAGAAAAUAAUUGCAAACUUUCUUUUGUCCUUCGUUAGCUUCUUUUAGGUCACAUUAGCAAAAGAAGAACCUUUGAAGACAAGAACUAAAUUCAUUGCUCCCACAGAAAGAAGUGCCCAUGGGUCUGAUCCAUUUCCCACUAAACCUAAUGUGAAUCUUUUCAUUGAUUUCAGUGGGAGCUCUGGAUUGGAUCCUAUAUAUUUAUCCUCUGGCACUCGCUAAGAGAAGUCCAUGGUAGUUCCAUGCACAGAGUACCAGCAGGAUUGGGACGUAAGUGUUCCAGGAUAUGUUUAUAUUCCAUUAAAUUCAGUAAUCUUCCUUCUCAUGAAAAUAGUAGAAGGAUGUAGACUGUCAGUUAUUCCUCGCAGGUGAUUUUGUUAUUUGUAGGUUUAGGAGGAACUGCAAUCAUGCCAGGUUUCCAACAAUCCCAUAUUAAGCAGUGAGUAGCUUGUGUUCUUACUGCUGUUGAUGUUCAUUAAAAUUCAGCAUAUAAUAAAAAGUGAAUAUGAGAUCGUUUAAAAUAGGCUUGGAAGGAUUAGAUUU